UCCCAAAAUAAAGAAAAAGUCAUUCAGCAGAAGUACAAAUUUUGAAGUACGUUGCAAAUAAAAGGAAGCAACGCAGCUGACUUCAGCGUUGUUUUCUUGCGAGCAAACCCCCAAAAAAGCAGAUUCACACGCCAUUAUUUUUCUUUCUUUUCGGCAAGCAGGCACUCUGUAACGUGCUAGGGUUUGCAGGAAAGAAAAACAGAAGAGUUAAUGGAGGGCUUGGAGCAGCACAUUUACAACAAUGGAGUUAUUAAAGUUACUAAAGAUACUCAACAGUGCCUACAGAAAGCUGAAACAUCGUCAAGAAUUCUCACCCUACCCACGAUUUUAACGCUUGCAAGGGUGGUGGCGAUUCCUGUGCUCGUGGCCGUUUUCUAUAUGGAGCAUCGGUGGGCAACAAUGACAACAGCAAGUAUCUUCAUUGCAGCAGCCAUUACAGAUUGGCUGGAUGGUUACAUUGCUCGCAAAAUGGGAUCAUGCUCUGCAUUUGGAGCUUUCUUGGACCCUGUGGCUGACAAGCUUAUGGUUGCAACUGCUUUAGUGCUAUUGUGUACUAUACCUCCAGAGACUGCUUGGUUUGGGGAUGCGCCAUGGAUACUCUCUGUGCCUGCAGUUGUCAUAAUUGGUCGGGAGAUAACAAUUUCAGCAGUGAGAGAGUGGGCUGCUUCUCAAGGUGGAGAUUUGCAUGAGCUUGUUGCUGUACACAACUUGGGAAAGCUAAAGACUACUCUACAAAUGGUAGCCUUGACAUUUCUCAUGGUUACUAGAGAUAGUAGUUACACUGGGGCUGGCGAUUUAGCUGCAUGUGGAGUUGCCAUGCUGUAUGUUUCUGCUUGUAUUGGUUUGUGGACUUUGGCAGCAUACAUGAAGAGCAUUUCAGUGAUGCUUCUCAAACAAAAAUGAUAAUUGUAGUGACUUGUAACAGUAUAUCCAUUUGAAAUAUGUGUCAUUUCUAUAAUUUACUUUUUCUUCCAAUGACAGUAGAUAGUGGAAGAAAUGUUGAGAACAGAUGGUAAAUUCUACCGUAUCUGUUAGGUUCAAUGUGGUCCAACGCAUACCCUUGUUAUACGACGGCAAUGGUUGAUUCAGUUUUAUAUGGAAAACAGUAUUUUAUUUAUUC